AGUGAGAGAGUUAGUUAGCAGGGGGAGAAACGGAGGCCGUCCAUGUCUUGAACACAAAUACCAGCUCACUGACAAAACUAACUGACAAAGCAAUGUCGAGAGAAAACACCACGCGAAGUUUGGACAGCAUAGACCUCGCUUCUUUAAGGGAUCCAGCAGGUAUCUUUGAGCUGGUAGAGGUGGUUGGCAAUGGAACCUACGGGCAGGUGUACAAGGGUCGCCAUGUCAAGACAGGCCAACUGGCAGCUAUCAAAGUCAUGGAAGUCACAGAGGAAGAAGAAGAGGAGAUCAAACUGGAGAUCAACAUGUUAAAGAGUUAUUCCCACCAUAGGAACAUCGCUACUUAUUAUGGAGCUUUUAUUAAGAAGGGUCCUGCUGGACAGGACCACCAACUCUGGUUGGUGAUGGAGUACUGUGGAGCCGGCUCCGUCACUGACUUGGUGAAAAAGACCAAGGGGAACAGUCUAAAGGAGGACUGGAUAGCGUACAUCUGCCGAGAGGUGCUCAGGGGUCUUUCCCAUCUUCACGCCCAUCAUGUGAUCCACAGAGACAUUAAGGGACAAAAUGUUUUGCUCACAGAGAAUGCUGAAGUCAAACUGGUGGAUUUCGGAGUGUCGGCGCAGCUGGAUAAGACGAUCGGUCGAAGGAACACCUUCAUCGGAACGCCCUAUUGGAUGGCUCCGGAGGUCAUUGCCUGUGACGAGAACCCCGAGGCCACAUAUGACUACAGGAGUGACCUCUGGUCUUUAGGCAUCACUGCUUUAGAGAUGGCUGAAGGAGCUCCUCCUCUGUGUGACAUGCAUCCAAUGAGAGCGCUGUUUUUGAUUCCACGAAACGCUCCGCCCAAACUCAAAUCAAAGAAAUGGUCGAAGCGGUUCUUUUCCUUCGCCGAUAGCUGUCUGGUCAAGAACCAUUUGCAUCGACCCACCACUGACGCCCUGCUGAGACACGCCUUCAUCAGAGAUCUGGCGAAUGAGAGACAAGUUCGCAUCAUGCUCAAAGAUCAUCUGGAUAGAACCAGGAAGAAACGGGAGAAAGAGGGUCCAGAGUACGAGUACAGUGGCAGUGAAGAAGAUGAUGAUGAGGUGACAGACGAGGAAGGAGAGCCCAGCUCCAUAGUGAACGUUCCCGGUGAAUGGACGUUGAGAAGGGAGUUUCUUCGUUUACAGACGGAGGACCGGGAAGGGGGGAGAGACGGAGGCCACGGGGGAGGCGGGGCUCAACAAAGACAACAGGCAUUGCAGCAGCACAGGCAGCAGUUGGCGGAACAGGAGCGAUACAAGCAGCAGUUACUGGCCGACAGACAGAAGAGGAUCCAACAGCAGCACGAGCAGCGGCAGAAGUUAGAGGAUCAGCAGAGGCAGCAGCUGGCGGACUGCGCCUUUCAGUGGGCGGAGCUCCAAGAGAUCUUGCUCGGGGAGGAGUCCGAUCUCCAUGACAACAGAAUCUUAUUGGAUGAGAGAAACAGGAGGAGCAACAGGAGACAGCAGGACCAGGCAGGCAGACAGCGGAGUGCCGAUGUCUCAGUAAGGCCUCUGGACUCCACCGCAGAGCAGAGAGCCGCGGCUCCGAACCAGCUGCUUCAGCACCAGGCCCCGCUCCCCCAGCCUCUGCCCCCCCGGCCGCAGGCCAAGCCCCGGCCUCUGGCUCAGCAUCAGCAGCCCUCGGCGGGCAGGAGGUCCCACCGCACGCUGCCCAAGGACCAAACCCAGCUCCUGUCGCUGCAGCACGACCACAGACACAGGGAGAGAGAGAGGCAGAGGCAGAGGGAGAAGCCCGUGGCAGCCGCCCAGAAGCUACCGACUAACAGUGGGAGCACAGCCGCUGCCGCUGCCGCUGCUGCUGCUGCUGCUGCCGCUGCCGCUGCCGCUGCCUCUUCCUCACCCAGCCGCCCCGCAAACAGUCAGCGCCCAGCGAUGGACCUCCAAGAAUUGAACCUAGCCAGGCUGCUUUUGGCUGCCGGUCUGCCCGGCCAGAUGCACUCACGGCUGGGCUCUGGGAGCAGCUCUAGUCCUUGUACUCCAGCCAUGCAGAGAGCUCACCUCAACCAGAAUGCCAAUCUGCACUCGAGUCGAGGAGCCCCUUACAGCAGCUCCAUGUCGGACAUGGCCAUCUCCCCGUUGUCCCCGUUUCCCCCCACGUCCCCGACUGACGAUGUCUUUUGGGACUCCCGGACGCCACCGAAAGUCCCAGAACGCACCACCUCCAAGUUCUACUGUCGAGAGCUGGUGAUGGGACACAAGAGGGCCGCCUCAAGUGGCAGUUCAGUGUCUGCAGCAGAAAAGAGUGGACGGCCUGGGUCUCAUGGAGUGUCCUCCAGCAGCAGCAGCCACCAAGGCUACUUCAAGCUGGAGAGUCCUCUUGUACAGCACCGUCUACAGCAGCACAGGAGGACGCAAGAUAACGUAACCAGUGGACACACACAAGGCGGGAGAUCUGCUUUGGUUCGGCUUAACAAGGCCACAGAAUACUCCUCAUCCAGCGACGAGCUCGGCAGCAGUGACGACGAAGAGAGGAACAGGUCUGGCCUGUCCAAUGGAAAGGGGAGAUACUUCAGAGGAAUACCUGAUGGCAUCGUUCUGCAACCUCACCACAACCUCAACCAGAUCUCUCGGAGAGGUUCAGAUGACACCUACCUACUACCGGACCUACUGCAGAAAACGUCCUCCUCCACCAGCAGUCCCACCCACAAUGCACUGGGUCAGCAGCAGCGAACACGCGAGCUCAACUACUCACAGUUGCCCACAGCCCCUCGAUCCCCCCCACACCAGGAGCUGCAUGCCGUCAGCAGUCCGACAAGUAAAAACACCUCCUCCUCCUCCUCUUCCUCCUUCAUGUCAUUCAUCGAUCCAAGAUUGAUCCCCAUGUCAUCGCCUCCACAGAGCCCUGUGGGUAAAGAUGAGCAGAUCAAGAGGGAGAACCACAGGAAGGGCUCUGUGGUGAACGUGAACCCAACCAACAUUCGACCGCAGAGCGACACUCCGGAGAUCCGCAAGUACAAGAAGAAGUUCAACACUGAGGUUCUCUGUGCUGGACUAUGGGGUGUCAAUCUAUUGGUGGGGACAGAGAACGGCCUGUGGCUGCUGGAUCGAAGCGGUCAGGGGAAAGUCUACUCCCUCAUCAGCAGACGCAGGUUUCAGCAGAUGGACGUGCUGGAAGGCCUCAACGUACUGAUCACUAUAUCAGGUAAAAAGAACAAGCUCCGUCUGUACUACCUGUCCUGGUUAAGGAAUAAAAUCCUCCACAAUGACCCAGAGGUGGAGAAGAGACAGGGUUGGACCUCGGUAGGUGACCUGGAGGGCUGCGUACACUACAAAGUGGUGCGUUACGACAAGAUAAAGUUCCUAGUGAUCGCCUUGAAGAAUGCUGUGGAGGUGUAUGCCUGGGCCCCUAAACCCUACCACAAGUUCAUGGCUUUUAAGUCGUUCAGGUCCCUGCCUCAAAAACCAAUGUCUGUUGACCUGACAGUGGAGGAAGGUCAGAGGUUAAAGGUCAUCUACGGCUCCUUAUCCGGUUUCCACGCCAUCGAUGUGGACUCUGGAACACCUUAUGACCUCUACCUGCCCACACACAUCCAGGGUUCCAUUCGCCCCCAUGCCAUCAUCAUUCUGCCUAACAGCGCCGGGACAGAGGUGCUGGUUUGCUAUGAGGACGAGGGCGUCUACAUCGACACCUACGGCCGCAUCACCAAGGACACGGUGCUGCAGUGGGGGGAGAUGCCUGCGUCGGUCGCCUACCUCCAGUCAAACCAAGUGAUGGGUUGGGGAGAAAAGGCCAUAGAGCUGAGGUCAGCAAACACAGGGAACCUGGAGGGAGUUUUCAUGCACAAAAAGGCCCAGAAACUCAAGUUCCUGUGUGAAAGGAAUGACAAGGUCUUCUUUGCCUCGGUGCAGUCAGGAGGCAGCAGUCAGAUUUACUUCAUGACUCUCGGUCAGAACUCACUGUUCAACUGGUAACAACUGGACCUGCUACUCUGGGAUCAACCCAUGGUGUCUGCCUUCAUUAUUCUGUUUUUCCUGGCAAUGCCUUUUUAUAUUUGCGCCAACUGAGGCUCAUCUCCGUGGAUACUGGUACCCUUACAAAGAUUGACCAAAUAUUCCUGGAUCCAUCGCUCGGUCUUGUCUAGUUUCCGUGUAAAUGUGCGCAGAUCCACAGCUGAGUUGAUCACAAACUCCAGCUUGAAUCCAUCACUUUAUCCUGGAAUACUGCAGCGACACAAAAACAUGGGCCCUGAAGUUCACCGCCGCCUCACCCAUCCACGCAAGCGCUAACAACUAGCACUGUCACCAUCUGUAAUGUGCUAAGCGCACAGAGGAACGUUCUCAUGCCUGAUCUCCAUACUUACCCUGGAGUCUGUCCGAGUAGGAUUUCAAGACGCGAAACCAUCACCGGCACCAGCCAGGCAGAAAUCAAGACUCUUUCUGUGUCCUGUUUCCUCCAAAUCUACCAAAAGCAAAAACCAAUUCAGUCGAUUGCCUUGCGACUUCUAAUGAACACCAGUGAACCGUCUCUCCUACUCUCAUCUGUGAGCACUGGAGUCCACAGAUCAGUUUUUUUCCACAUUCAGCUCACAGCUCUCCCGGAUCAGUUAACCCCAUUUUUUUCCUUUUCUCUAAAGAAAAUCACUUGCUCAGCUUUUUAUGUCUACUAUUCACUCAUAUUUGCUUUAACAAGGCCUGACUGUAGUGUAUUACUAGAUCAACUGAAUCCUCUGAUGAACUCCCUGAUGAUUGCUCUUCCAGAGGAGUAAUUCUCAUUCUCCAGCUGUUGUCCUGUUUGUCUUCAUGUAAGCAGCUUGUGUUAAUAUAGAGUGAUAUCAGGAGAACAUUCAUUCCCUCCAUGGACACAGUCUGGGCAUUUCCAGGACUGGGUCGGGACCUAAAUGUGGACCAAGUAGGACAACUACUCCAUCGCAUUCCACAUAUCGUCCUAACUGCUCACCAUUUCUUCCCUAAUGAUUCUCUUAAUCAAUUUCCAUAUCCAUCAUCCACCUGUGUCUGCAAUACCUCAGCAGUGUUAUUAAUGAAGGCCUUCAGGAGAUUCUUUCUGAUUCACUGCGUUAAGCAGAAAUCAAGGACCCAAACAAAUACGUCAGUUACUGUACUGAAUCUUUAUUCUGUUGAUUUUCCAUAUCCUAUUAUUAGACAGUAUUAUGAUAUGCACUAUGAAAUGUUACAUUAUUGAAAUAAGAGUUCCCUUUUUUUCUUGUCUGAGGUGUCAGUAUAUGUCAGUAUAGCACCACACAGCAUGGAUUCAAUCAGUGAGGUUUAACCGGAUCCAUAGCUGUAAAUAUACCGUCCAUGUGACCCUUAUAAUAAGGCAAAAGGACAGAAUUGAAUUACUGUCAUUUAUACAUCUUUCAAUAACUUUUGGCUAUUCCUUAUGUCAUCCCUCGUUAUCACCUGGAAGUCUGCUUUGCUCCUUGUCGAGCCUGAAAUCAGUUGCCAAUUAGUCAUAAAUGAUAUCUUGGUAUACUUGCUGCAUUGCACACUUUGCAUUAAAAUGAUUUGAUUAGGCUUUUUAGUAACAUAAUCUUCAUAGAGUACCGCACCAGUCCCAGUGUGAGCAUUCUCUCCACCACACAACUGGAGCAUGUCAUUUAAAUUUGUAUUACUCCAUCAUAAGGACAGUAGAGAUACAAAACAGCUCCACUGUAACAGGCUCAGAAUAAUUUUCUUCAUCUAUUUUGUACAGCUUAGGAUGUCUAUAUAUUCUUGUAAGAUGCACUGUUUUCUAAAUAUUUUAUAAAUGACAAGCCAUCUUUAUGUAUGUGUACAGAAUUAUGAUCAGGCUUAUGAAUGUGAAACUCCAUCCCAGAACAGAGUUUGUGCAUGUUAUUUUCAUGAUCUAUGAAAACAAAAAACAAAAAGGUUGUGAACAUGAAUAUGAGCUACUGACGGUAAACUUGAAGAUCAGACGGUGUGUCAUAUGAAUAACUGUCAGGCUUUUUGCACACUGGCCACCUUGUACAUGUUAUUUUCCUUUGAAGUCACUUUUUAUUUGGUUUCAAAGUGGAAACAUUUGAAGCCAUUCUGUAAUCAGUAUUGAAGAUAUAACUGAUGGCCUCUGGAUCAGUAUUUCUUACACUAGCCAACGCGGGACGCACUAACUGCUGUUGAGCCCAGAUGUGAUGAGAUGAUCACGACCUGUUGUUUCCUCGAUGUUUCUGUUACACAAAGAGCGUCAAAGCAAGAGAACCAAAGACAAAGGCUUUGAUAUAUUGGCUCCCUUGAAUCCAACCGUGUAACAAAUCACAACUGACUCUUUGUAUAUGUAUACUAUCAUACACUGUACAAAAGAUGCCAACUAGACCAACACGUCAGACACAUGGCGGCCUGAAGAUCUCCCAGGAACAAUGGGUCUGGCUACUCACAACAAAAGUAUAUGCAAUAUAAUGUUGCUAGGGUUCAUAAAUUGAAUAGCUUACAUGUAUGCAUUAGAGAGAUCUGCAGUGAAGAAAUAAUGGUCUUUACCUUUUAAAUGUGAAUUUACAACUUUCCGAUCCAUGUUCAUUAUACAGUUUUAUCUAUCAGAUUCUUUGUUCAACUUAGUUAUAUUUUAUGUCACAUUAUCAUAUAUUUACUCUUGAAUGUUUGCGCCAAAUGUUUUAUAUUUAGUGAUACUUUGAGUUUUUACUACGGACUUGAUAGAAAUAUUGCAGCUGGUUCUGUGAGAAUACUUUAAACUGGAAAAUGAACUCUCUGAUGAUGGCUGUCUCAUCGCUAAGUUGUUACCAAAUUUCACACAGGGGUUUGUUUCAGUUGGACAGUGAGACACCAGAGCAGAUAGUUAACAUGGCUACAGUGCACGGAAAAUACAGGAGGGGAAACUAAUCUUAACAGGCUAACAGACGCAGAAUUGCUAGCUAACGGGGGCUGAACAUUUCAGAACCAAGUGAGCUAGCUUAAAUUGUUAUUAACUUUGCUAGCUAACACGGCUAAGAUAGCGGGUUUCAUGUUUUGCUAGCAGCAACAAACAAAAAACGUUUCUCUUGUACGCCGUUGCUUAGCUGUGUUAAAUUUCCACAUAAGAUGAGUAAAAUUUGACACAACUUUAUUCAACAAACUGUAAUUAAAAUAUAUAAGAUGGCUAAAGAAUUUCCGAAGACGUUUAAAACAUUUUGGACAAUGGGAGUGAAUUGUCAGUGCAGCUGACAACAACCGAAUAAAGUGUGAUCAAAAUACAUUUUUACCCACCAAAAUACAUUCUGAGCAGACGUCCCUUAAAACAUAAGUGUUCAUUUUAUUUAGAAAUCUUGACAUCAAUUUCAGGUGUCCUGUGUAUGUAAAUGACAGGGUGUUUGACAUCAGACAAUGCUCUGGCAUGUGGAACAUGUGAAAAAGUUUGUCUUGCCUUUGUAACUUAUUCAUUCUUUCAUUACUAACUCAGAAUUUGUGCGAAUGUCCUCACAGCUUGAUUCCAUGUCCCUACUUUUUAAAACAGUUACUGUGAACAUUUGAACACCUAUGCAGUGAUACCACCAUGGUCAGAUUAAUUAUAAUUUGGCAAUUUUUUUUAAUUCGGUCCUGUAAUGAGUGAUACAUGGAAGUAUAUGAAUUAUAAAAA